AUGAGCAACACCACCACUGCCUCCGCAUACCCGUUCGUGCGCCGGAGGAUCGGCCGGGCGCCCUCGCCUCCCACAUGGGCGUGUUACGAGCAGAUCCCGUACGACGAUGACUACAGUGACAGCGGAUCAGAGGACAACUCGUGCUCGGAGGACGACGAGGAUUAUGGGCGCAUCGUCCACCGUAGCAGCGACGUCUCGGACGGAGAUCGCCACGGCGUGCAUGAGAGAGAGGAACAUGCGGGUCGCCCAGACGGUGGCAUGGAGAUUGAUGAGAGCGACGAAGCCAUGUCCGAGCAGAAGAUUGCCGAACUGAAGAAGGAUGUCAAAGGCAAGCAGCGUGCCAUUGAUCCUGAACCUGAGAGCCCCAAGAGACAGCAUCGGCGAAAGCGCCGCCAGCCUGUCUUCACUCUGCGACCGAUCCUGACCAUCCAGAGGAGCCAAGGAUUUGUAUGGAACCAGGAUCUAUUUGUCCCGCCGUAUAUCAAGGACAGAUAUGUUGCCUCCACGUCUCCGCCGAAUGGUUCUGGAUUCAUUUCAUCCUCGGUGUCGUCCAACAACUCGUCCACGAUGGAUUACGAGGUGGAGGUCGUGGAAAUCCGGGUGAAGGAGGGCGAGCUCAACGAUAUUCUUCCCCAUUGA